GAUGAAAAAAGAGUGUUUAGCAUCUGGGACCCUGUCCUCGGCCUCUCUCAAAAGAAGAUUUAUAAAGAGGAGGAGGGUCGCUCCGAGGGCUCAGCAGGAUGCGGGCAGCGAUUGUCGGCUGUGCAGGUGUUCCAUAUUUUUCCUGUCUGGCAGUAGUCGCACCGUUCGUCGGAUUCUGACAGCCUGCCUCUUGUCUUUCCUGGCCCUGCUUGGCUCUGUAUCUAUUGACCUCAGCUCCAACUUUGACUUGUUGCACACUACAGAGGCCGCUUACAAUGAAUUUACUUCGUGCAAGACGCUAGCAAUCCUGAAACUCGUCAGUAAGCUUCAAACGAUGAGGCGUUUAUUUACAAAAGACAUGGGCAAUCAGACACUGGAUGCAAGUUUUUCAGAAGUUGUGUUACCUGCGUUCAGUCAUCUCUGUGACGAAAUGGCAGGUCACAGUAACGGCCAUGGAGUUCCUUGCAGUAUCGAGUUUGUUGGAUUUUGCCAGGAGAUGAGGCGGAGUGUUCUAGGAUUACUAAAUGCUUCAUUGGAUACAAGUAGCAGUGAAAAUAAUACCUCUCCUCACUCCCUGGCAAUCGGAAGACUUCUUGACGAAUGGGGAACAGUAGAAGAUGCUCUUGUCAAAGUUAAACAGAAUUUUUACUGGAGAGAUGUACUGUCUGCUAGACUUCUGGUUACAUUCAUAGAGCUCAACCACCAGUUGAUGGACUUUGACCACAUGGCAACUCUGACUGACUUUCAGCACAAGUGGACCUAUGUACUGAGCUACCUCGGGUUUGCCAGGGUCAUGACAGAACGAUUAAAUGACUGCUGGUUUGAGAAUGUAGACCUCAAAACAAACUCAAGCCAGCAGGUCAAACAUUCUUAUAUUUUUGACACAAGCCUGUGGCACAUCUCUGGAGCCAGAACAGAGCUUCUGUGUGGGUCUCACACUGGCGUCCAAGCCCUGACAAACACUCAACAGUGCUUGUUUGAUCGCGCAGUUCCGGCUCUCAGAUUGGCGUCUCGAUCCGUGUCUUCAGGGCUCAGCAUGAGGGUUUGCCUGCUGGCCUUAGCCUGCCUCAUCUACCCGGUGGUGAUCUUCUCCUUCAAGCAGAUGACCGAUUGGAUACAAAACUAUGCCCUGACCUUGAAGGACAAGACAGAGGACCUGAAGCGGCAAAGACAGCUGGCUGAGGAUCUGCUCCACCAAAUGCUGCCCAAGUCAGUUGCUAAGCAGCUCCGCCAGCAUAAACAUGUCGAGGCUGAGAGCUACGAAAAGGUGACCAUUUUUUUCUCGGACAUCGUGGGCUUCACCUCUAUCUCUGCGUCCUGUACUCCUCUGCAAGUGGUGGAGAUGCUCAACAACCUCUACAUGUGUUUUGACACACGCAUUGACUCCUACGACGUCUACAAGGUAGAGACAAUUGGGGAUGCCUACAUGGUAGUGAGCGGCCUACCUGAGAGGAACGGGGAUAGACAUGCCGACGAGAUCGCCAAGAUGGCUCUGGAUCUGGUUGCAGCCGUUAGACAGGUCUCCAUCCCUCACAUGCCCAACCAGAGGCUGCAGCUCCGAGCUGGCAUCCACACAGGUCCAUGUGUGGCAGGAAUUGUGGGCUACAAGAUGCCAAGAUACUGUCUGUUUGGAGAUACUGUCAACACAGCCUCUAGAAUGGAGUCCACCAGCCUUCCACAGAAAAUCCAUGCCAGUUCAGAAACCUACUUGGCUCUGAUCAAAGACAAUGCCUACGAGCUGCAACUUCGUGGAGAAGUUGAGGUUAAGGGAAAAGGCAAAAUGAACACAUACUGGCUGAUUGGCCAUAAGAACUACAGUGUGCAGAAUGACAGUCUGGUUUGCCACUGGAAUCCCAAUAUGGCCAGAAAGAAGAAGACAGCAGUGGGCAGUGAAGUCUCUGUGGGCAAUUCAUCAGUGACAGUCCAGAGCCUCAGUGAGAACACCACCACCCCAGUCUCCCUGCCCUCCUCAGUGUUGAACCAAACCCCACAGUGAACUCCGACAGUCCUGAGUGUGGCGGGUCACAUGGAGCCCUACGGCAGCUGUGAUUGGGCAGCUGCAUAGAGGAGAUGAGAGACCUCUAGCAAGCAUGCAUAGUAGAGGCAGUGGCAACAAACAUGACCUGCUGCCUGGCUCCUGCCGCCACAUGUAACUGGCUCGGGUCUUCAGUUACCAUGGGAACAUCAGAGGCUCAUUUGUUACAGUGUAAUAACUUGUCAUCCUAAAGGAAGAGUCCAGCUCAUGUGCUUAUUUGCUUUCUGAAUUGUGAAACAUUUGAGUUAGUUUUAAAAAGAAUAUUACUUUGAUUUUACAGUUGUAGUGUUCUUUUCUGUGGUUUGUAUUUAUGUUUCCUUUUCGUCGUUGUGAAGCACUGUGUCUUAAAAGUACAAACAAAUAAAGAUUCUACCUUAUUUUA